GAUUGCUUUAGUUAGCGAUUUUUUCGUAAGAUGAAGGUGUCCACAUUUGGGUCAGAUUCCAGUGAAAAAUCUGAUUUUGAUAACGCAAUAUGUCUCACAGGCUACGGCAGAUUCCACUACCAGAUCAUAGCAGUAUGCGCCCUUUCCAUCCUGGUAGUGGGCUUCCAGAACGGAAUCUUGUCCUACAUCUUUCCUGCGGCGCAGUGUGAACUCCACCUAACCUCCUUCCAGCAGGGCCUGCUGAACGUCGCCUUCCUAGCAGGAGGCACCAUCAGCUGCUUCGUAUGGGGUAUACUGGCAGACAUGGUGGGACGGAGAAGUGUCCUCAUAGCAACCCACCUCCUCAACGCAUCGGUUACAAUAUUGAUGUCCACAAACCCGUAUACCGGCAGCCUAGUAGCCUGCAGAUUCCUCAACGGCUUCUUCAUCGGCGGCCCAGGCAGCAUCAUCUACUCCUACUUCGCUGAAUUCCAACCCCCCAAAUACCGCACCUCCAGCGUCUGCUAUUGCGGCCUCUUCUUCACAGUCGCCUGGCUGCUGCUGCCCCUCCUGGCCCACUUGGUGCUACCUCUUACCAUCGAAGUAACAGUUGGAAGUCUCUUCGUCCUAACCCCGUGGAGGCUCUUCCUCAUCCUAGUGGCCCUGCCCGAGAUCCUAGUAGGCCUUUGGCUGAUCAGAAUGCCAGAGAGCCCCAAGUUCUACGUGGCGAAGGGCUGCCCUAGGAAGGCCUUGGUGGUGCUGCGUAGGAUGUACGCAACAAACAGCGGGAGGAGUCCUGAGUACUUCCCCGUGAAGAACCUCAUUACUGAGAGGAAUAACGAGAUAGGGAGUGGGGAUAAGAUGAUGUGCCAAGGUAGAGUUGCCAGGGUGCUGAAAGAGAUGGGUCAGCAAGCGAAGAGUUUGUUUGUGCCACCUUUGCUCGGGAUCACGGUGCUUACUAGCUCUAUUAUGUUCGCCAAUAUGUUCGGGAUGUUCGGUCUCGGUUUGUGGCUGCCGGAGCUCUUCAUCAGGUUCGAACAGUUCCAAACCCUCCACCCGAACGCCUCCAUAUCCGUGAGGGAGCUCUCCUCCCUUCCUCCUCCCAGCAAGAAUCUAUCUUGCUCCCCCUCUCUGGACGCCUCGGUCAUUCGAAGCACGGUCGCCAUGGGAGUGACGUCAUUGCUCUUCAACGGCUUGGCCAGCUACGUUUCUACCAAAACGACUGCCCGCGUCAUUACCAUGGUUACCAUGCUGUUGGGAGGUGUGAGCGCUGGGCUUAUCUACUGGAUGAGGUCUUCAAUGCAGAACCUAGUCUUAGCCUGCGUGUUUCAAGCCACAAUGAUAGCCUCCAACAUGAGCACAGCCGGUAUAGCAGUGGACCUCUUUCCCACCAAGGUCAACGGAAUAGCCGUCUGCAUGGUGGUUUGUGCAGGAAGAAUUGGCGCAGUCGUAAGCAACUUUGUUUUCGGUUUCCUCAUGGACAAGAAUUGCGAACUACCUAUUUUUAUUGUGACAGCUGUGGUGAUCCUAGGGGGUUGUUUGUGCUUCGUGGUGCCCAUCCCUAAGAAUAGGGAGGUGAUCGAUAUGGCCAGCUCGUUCGGGAAGAACGAUAUGGAGAUUUCGGUGGUGUCAGGGAAAUUUAGAUGAGAGGAUGUGAUGUGAUUUUGAACAGUGUAAUUCUUCAAGAGAUGAAGUGACCAAGAUCUCGCUCGAUUUAUAUAUUGUUGUUUAUUAAAGAAGGGUUUUC